CUCUCAAACAACACGGAGCAACACCGCGUAACGUCACGCUCCAUUCUCUUUUCUAGCCAUGUUGUCCAUGAAUUUCCUCAGACAAGCGGUCCGCUCUGCACGGUCCUUCUCUACGACGUCUAUUGCUCGUAAAGACCUUGUCCAGGACCUCUAUGUCAAGGAGCUAAAAGCCUACAAGCCCCCUGUUGCAGCAAAAGAUGCACACGUUGGCGUUGUCAAGAAUUUCUCAUUACCCGCUGUUCCAAAACCCCCCACUCUUCCCGUCGACCUAGCUGCCGAACUCACCGCGUAUGACGCGACUGAACCCACAAAAGCUGAGGCAGAGGUUACGAGCUCGACUGUGCAUGCAGGAGAGGAUGUGGGUAAGGGUGCGGAUGCAUUCCUUGGAUUCUUGGAGGCAGACGUGAAGCAGGCAGAGGUUCAUCAUUGAGUCAAAGAUACCUCGAUCACUGUCAGUCUAGAAAUGCACAACAACUAGAUUUAUCCUGCCAGAGGUGUGCAUUAGACCAAUCCCGAACAGAUCUACACUAUUG